AUGGUAGGGCUGGGAAACAGCUGCCGAGGGAUGAAGUCUCCACCUCUCGUCGUGGCUGCGCUUGUGGCGUGCAUCAUUGUUUUGGGUUUCAAUUACUGGAUUGCAAGUUCUCGCAGCGUGGAUCUGCAGGGUCGGAUCAUGGAUCUGGAAGGCAAAGUCCGCAGGGCGGCAGCGGAGAGGGGUGCUGUGGAACUCAAAAAGAAUGAAUUCCAAGGAGAACUAGAGAAGCAGCGACAGCAGAUCGACAAAAUCCGGUCCUUGCACAGCUUUCAGAUGGAAAAUGCUAACAGAGUACAUCAGGAAGAGAAGGCAGUGCUGAUGAGUAACAUCACAGUAAAUGACCGAUUGAUCCAGAGUCUACGAGAACACUUGAAAGAGUUACAGACAGAGUAUGGAAAGCUACAGCUGGAUGUUUACUGGUUUCAGAAGAACCAGACUAACCUUCAGAGGAAGUUCUCAUAUGACCUGUAA